GCGUGUAAUUAAUAGAGUUGUGCUGAGAGCCGAAGCUCCGCCUCAUUUACACUCAUUUACAGUCUUUUACACAGAUUUUACACACUUUUAGUCCAUAUGAAGAGCUGAGCGCCGGUUUCUGUCCUCAUGAGUGGAUCUGACCGUUUAUUUUCUGAUUUUUAGCGCUGUUUCUUGAGUGUUUGAGGCCGGUUUGUCUUUCAAUGACGCCAUGAUGUUAUUUUUACCCGAUGAGCUCACGAGCGCCGAACUCCCUCAGAGUUCACCAGGGCCGAACUGAUCGACUUUAACUAGUUUAACUACCCAUCUGAUCAUCUCAUCUGUGGAUUUACUUCAAAAUGAGACGGACUGAAACUUUCACGGAGCUUGUGAUGAUGAAGCGCAGCGGUGAUGAUCGAGGUGCAUGAGCUCCAUCUGUGUGGAGCCCCUGUAAUGCUGUGAAAGAAACCCCAUCAGCCCACUGUCUCACACACACACACACACACACACACACACACACAGUCUCAGUGUCAGUGAGUUUUUCCUCUAGUUUCCUCUUGCUCUUUUGGCCGCCUGCCGAACGCUAUCAGGGUGACAUCAUCAUCAUCAUCAUCAUCAGCUGCGCAACAAUGGGGCCGUUCAUCUCCUGAGGGCCGAGAGAGAAAGAGACGGACUGAGGGAUUGUGGGUAUGUGUGAGCGCGUGUGCGGCGCUCGGCCCAUCGGGCCCGAGGGUCUGGUGGCGCUGCUGGAGGGCGGUCUGGACCACGUGCUGUUGAUUGACAGUCGUCCGUUCGUGGAGUAUAACGCCUGUCACAUCCUGGAGGCUGUCAAUGUCAACUGCUCCAAACUGAUGAAGAGGAGAUUACAGCAGGACAAGAUCCAGAUCAGUGAGCUACUGCAGCACUCGGCCAAGAGGAAGCUGGAGCUCCAGGGUCAAGAGGUCGUGGUGUAUGACCAGAGCUCGUCUGACCUGGCCUCCCUGUCACAUGACGCCUUUCUCAGCGUCCUUUUGGCCAAGCUGGAGAAGAGCUUCCCAUCAGUCCACCUGCUCUCAGGUGGUUUCGCCGAGUUCUCGCAUCUGUUCCCGGGUCUGUGUGAAGGGAAGUCCACGCUGGUGCCAUCCUGCAUCUCUCAGCCCUGCCUUCCCGUGAGCAGCAGCGGGCCGACGCGGAUCCUGCCGCACCUGUACCUGGGCUGCCAGAGAGACGUGCUCAACCAGGAGCUCAUGCAGCAGAACGACAUCGCUUACGUGCUCAACGCCAGCAACACCUGCCCCAAACCGGACUUCAUCCCAGAGUCGCACUUCCUGCGAGUGCCGGUCAACGACAGCUUCUGUGAGAAGAUCCUGCCCUGGCUGGACAGAUCAGUGGAGUUCAUAGAGAAAGCCAAGGCCAGUAACGCCAGAGUCCUGGUUCACUGUCUGGCGGGAAUCUCUCGCUCGGCCACCAUCGCCAUCGCCUACAUCAUGAAGAGGAUGGACAUGUCAUUAGAUGAAGCGUACAGGUUCGUGAAGGAGAAACGGCCGACCAUCUCACCCAACUUCAACUUCCUCGGUCAGCUGCUGGACUUUGAGAAGAAGCUGAAGAGCGACACGGUGGUCAAACCCAGAGCGGACGCGUCAGACGAGCAGAAGCCGUGCGGCUCGGACCUGCUGGAGCCGCUGACGAUGCCCUGCGUUCUGGCCGGCGUCCCGGAGGAGCAUCUGCUGGCUCGGGCACUCUGCGGCCUGCAGCUCGGAGAGGACCCUGAGGAGAGCAGCCGGCCCAAACGCUCCUUCUCUCUGGACAUCAAGACGUACGGCGAGUCCGGAGCACCUCUGCGAGCGUUUGCCGACAAACCGCCCUGCCAGUUCUCUCCGGUGCAGGAGGUUUCAGAACAAAACACACCAGAGCAAAGUCCAGACAAGGAGCGGGACAGUAAAGCCUUGUGUCCGCAGACGCUCCAGCGCAGCGGCAGCGUGGACGAAUCCCCAUCCGGCGUCCCACCGCACUCGGCCGUGCUGAAGGGAUGGCACUCAGACAUCGUCCUCGGAGGCUGGUUCCUCUCCUCGGAGUCGGCGCGCUUCUACUCCACCUCGGCCAUCUUCAGCGGCGCCGGCUGCGCUCCGGGUCUGGAGGCGGUGAGGAGGCGUGGGCGGCAGCGCAGCGGGGACUGCGGAGACUCCCGGAGGAGCUGGCACGAGGAGAGCAGCUUUGAGAAGCAGCUGAAGCGCAGGAGCUGCCAGAUGGAGUUUGGAGAUGGCGUGUCGGAGACUCGAUCCGGAGAGGAGCUGGGAACAGUUGGCAGCCAGUCCAGCUUCUCCGGCAGCAUGGAGAUAAUCGAGGUUUCCUGAAGACUGACAUUACUCAGUGUCGACACACGGCACUAGACGCUUGCUUCGUUUGGCGUUUAUUUCUCCCAUUUGUUCUCAUUCAAAUUUGUACUCGUCUCUUGCAGGAUAUCCAGUACCUCAACAAUCCAAAUGAAGGCAAGACACUACAGGCUAAUAGGGUGAAAAACUUAAAAGAGGCCAUAUUAUGUUUUUGUGCUCUACUAGAACAGAUUUUCCUGCUUGAAUGUUGAUUAUUUUCCUCAUAUUCUCCAUUGUUCAGCUCCUCUCUUCCCAGUCUGUCAGUAACGCUCUGUUUAGUUCCUGUCUCUAUGAAGCCCCUCCUUCUGAAAAGCACAAUGGGCUCUGAUUGGUCGGCUGGAGCAGUGUGUUGUGAUUGGUGUUUGGGAGAUGUCCCGCCCCUUACCAUAACCGCCAGUUUCAACACACUACUAACUAACUCAACCAGGCCCCGCCCCUUUAUUCUGAAAUCUACAGACACAAAUAGAUAAAGUGCAAUAAAAUAAACACUUGUAGAGCUCAGGACAGUUUGGCCUGUAGUGUCUUGCCUUCAGCGUGUCUUUUGUCAUUAUAUUUUUGUGUCGGUUGUUGAAUUAUGAUCUCAGGAAGUUCUGAAUUUGUUGUUCAGAGUGAAGAUCGAGAAUCAAACACACACAGAUCUGAUUCUCUCCAUCAUCAGGCUCUUUUCUAUCACGGUUGAACAGUCUCAGUGUUUCUCAUCUGCACCGUCCAUCAUUCACACGUGAUCACAGAAGGAUUUGAUUCGAUAAACUGCAUCCAAACCCUCCAGAGCUUCAGGUGAGACAGAGAGAAACACUUCACAGAGAGAAACUCUUCAGUCUGCGUUGCGUUCUUUUUCAGUGGUGCUUUUAGUAUGAAAGAAACGAUCCAGCACAGUGCUGAUGUUUGUGUUGUUUCAUUCACAGACUCCUGAGACUGGAAUCAUGGGAAACACUGACCUGUGAUCAGUCUUGUGUAGCUGUUUAUUGAAGGUUUGCCUUGCUAAAGGGUCAUCAGAGGUCAAAGCAGAGGCAUUGAAUCGCCAUACGGACUCAUUCCCAGCUAACAGGGAAUGUUCUCUUAAUGUUAUGAACAAAUGUUCUUCCAGUAACGUUAGUAGAACGUUCAUUUAAAGUUAUCUGGUCUUUAAUAACGUUCUCAAAACGUUUGCACAAAACAUUUCUACAUCGUUCAUGGAAGUUUUUUACCUGAAAUGUUUUAGUUGGAUGUUCAUCUAAGUGACGUUCCCUACAUAUUCGCACACAAAAAAUCGUUUUAAAAAAUUUAUGUUCUGAACGUUUUUCGUAAAUAACGUUUUUAUAACGUAAUGGUAACGUUAGCUAAAUGUUCUUAGAACAUACUUGUUAGCUGGGUUCAGACCUGAAAUGAUCUUCAUCUGAUCUGUAUUUGAUGAUUUUGACGAGAAGGACAGAAUCAGAGUUUCCUAAAGCUGUGAAAAUGAGCUGAAGACGGAACGAAUCAGAAGCAGCGACUGAAUCCUGAAUCUCUGAAUCGUUCGAUACGGACUCGUUCAAGCAUCGUACAUUUACACGGACCUCAAAUCUACAGUGAUCAAUGUUUAUUUUUACAAUAAAGUCAAACAACUGAUGAUAUAAUCAUUCAUGAGACAGAUCAACUAUUAUUUUUAUGAAACAAUGAUUCUGUGUGUAACGAGUGCGUUUGAAGGAGCAUUUCUGGAGAUAUUGAUCUGUUAUUGAUUGCUGAAAUAAAACAAGUGGUACUUGAA